UCACCGAGCAGCAUGCUCCGUGCCCUGUUCCUCCUGCCCAGCCUCCUGGGGGCCGUCCUGGCCAGCCCCAUCUCGGGCCCCCAGGAGUGUGCCAAGGGCUCGGCGGUGUGGUGUCAGGACCUGCAGGCAGCGACGAAGUGCGGGGCCGUGGGGCACUGCCGAAGCGCCGUCUGGAGCCAGCCCGCCGCCAGGUCCCUGACCUGCGACGUGUGCCUGGAUGUGGUAGCCGCUGCCAACAACGGGCUGAACCCCAACGCCACGGAGACUGACAUCCUGGCUUUGGUGACCAAGACCUGUGAGUGGCUUCCCAGCCAGAACUCUUCAGCCAAAUGCAAGGGGAUGGUGGACGCCCACAGCCCAGCCAUCCUGAACAUGCUUUGGGGGUCCCCGGGCAGUGCCCCGGCACAGGUUUGUGCUGCGCUCACCCUCUGCCAGCCACUGCAGAGGCAGCCGGCCACCACGGGGCCACUCUCCGAGGAGGACACAUCCGAGGUGGUGGCCCCGUUCAUGGCCAAGGGGCCCCUUGGCUUCCGCCCUCCACAGGCCCCUGAGGACGCUGUGUGCCAGAACUGUGUCCGGCUGGUCACCCGGCUGCAGGAGGCUGUUGGGUCCAACUUGUCCAGCUUGGCUGAGGUGGCCACGCAGGAGCAGUGUGAGUCCCUGGGGCCCAGCCUGGAUCUCCUCUGCAAGAUCUACAUACUUCGGUUUCUUGCCCCAGCUGAGCACACACUGAAGCUUGUCCACCCCGAGGAGGCCUGCAGGAUGGGAGGCUUCUGUGAGGAGCCACAGGGACCCGCCCGCCUGGCUCAGGUGGCUGCUGCGGAGGGGGUCCCUUCCCUGGAGUCCCCAAGGAAGAAGAGUGAGGUCCUGAUGAAGGCCGGCCUGACCUGCGACGUGUGUCUGCAAGUGGUCCAGGAGCUGGACCAGUGGCUGGAAUCUAACAGCACGGAGGCCUUAAUCAGCCACGCCCUGGAGCGGAUGUGCUCAGUGAUGCCCGACGCCAUCGCCCAGGAGUGCGUCACCAUGGUGGACACCUACGGCCCCUCCCUCGUGCAGAUGGUGACCAGAGUCACCCCGGACAGGGUGUGCACGGCGGUCCGGCUCUGCAGCAGCCGGAGGCGGGCCCGGGACAUCCGCUGGCCCCACAUGACCACCCUGCCACCCCUGCUGGACAGUGAGAGCGAGGGGACCUUCUGCGGCGGCUGCAAGAGGCUGCUCGGCGUGUCCUCCCACAACCUGGAGCGCAAGAGCACCAAGCGCAACAUCCUGGCGGCCUUCAAGGGCGGCUGCACCAUCCUGCCGCUGACCUACAUGAUCCAGUGUAACCGCUUCGUGGACGAGUACGAGCCCGUGCUCGUCGCGACCCUCAAGGAGAUGAUGGACCCCACGGCCCUGUGCACGAAGAUGGGCGCCUGCCACGCCCCCAGGACGGCGCUGCUGGGCACUGACCAGUGCGUCAUGGGCCCGAGCUUCUGGUGCGGGAGCAAGGAGACGGCCGAGCUGUGCGGCGCUGUGGAGCACUGCCAGCGUCACAUAUGGAAACUGACGCGCUUCCACACUGAACAGCACGCGUGACCGUGGCUGCCAGCCACCCGGCGCCUGCCAGUGUCCACCCGGGAGGCCCUUAUCUCCUUGAAUCCCACAGGGACCUGACGAGGUGGGUGCUGUCCCCAUUCCCAUUCCACAGAUGAGAAACUGAGGCUCAGGCGGGGAGGCUGCGGAGGGGCAGGGCUGGAGGUUGGACCCCACAGAGCCCUGUCUCAACAAUCGUGCUGUGUGGCUCUGGCCUUGCAAGUGUCUCCAAUGGACUGGAACCAACUGCUGCACCCACCCCUGCCCCGGCCGACGCCCUCAGUCCCCAUCACUAUGCUGGUGCUGGCCGUGUGAGGGGUCUGCAGUGGCCUCUGGUGACCCCUCUGCGCCUUGCAGCUGAAUGUGCCUGCUGGGAGCUA